GUUAGAUUACAGAUACACUUCCCUUUCUGCACUCUUCAGCUGCCACCCUACUGCCUAUCAUGGACAGUGCAUCCGACCUGCUCACCCUACCAAACGAGUUGCUGAAGCAGAUCAGCUUCUACCUGUGCGACGACCCCACAUACAAUGCAAGGCGUCCGCAGCAACAGCUGCUGAAUUUUUCCAUGUGCAACCGCCAGCUUCGUGCCGCCUGCUCACCAGCGAUAUGGCACCAAUUCAUUAUGCGCCGACGGACCAGUAGCGACAGCCAGGACUACACGAUCGAUGAUGACAGAGCUGGGGCCAAGUCAUGGCUUGUCAACAAUGACAGAUCAACGGGUGAAGUGACCGUGCCAGAAGCCCUCAUCAAAUAUGGCUGCUUUGUUCGCAGCUUUAGGGUCACUUUCAGUCUGGACGAGCCCAGCUUUGACGCCGACUGGGCGAUGUUUUGUGAGCUGCAAAAGCACUGUCCUGGAAUCACAGCUCUGUCUGCUGUUGUGCAUGUGCUGGAUGAUGCCUCCACUGAUUACUUUGCCCGGUUCUUUGGUGCGGUAGAGCAAAAACUGCCGAAUCUUUUUCGCCGACUCAACUCAGCCAUGGUUAUCCGAAACGCAUUUGAUAUGGAUCAUACACCACAUACAGAGCUGGCUGAGGUUUUGGCACGGCUGCCUCUAUUGAAGCACUUCAGUUCGCUAGGCGUGGCAAUAUCUCAGAAGCUGCUUUGCAGGAUCUUUGCAGGAAAGUCUAUCGAGACUGCCAUGUUUUCAGAGAGCGAGUGCGACGGAGACGACCCAGAUGCCAUACUAUCUGUAGUCAAGGAUCCGCUUCUGCUGCGGGAUAUUGCGGUUGGCAAUAACGAGUUUAUCACCUCGAGCCUCCUUCAGCCGCUGACCCAAGCCCUAGCCGAGCUAAGUGAUACAGACAAGGACCGGUUCCCGUACCUACGCUUGCUAGACAUGUCAGGUUGCGAGUCCAUUGAUUGCGAGAAGCUCCUCUACUAUUCCCGCACACAUCAGUGGCCGAACCUCUACUCGCUUGACCUCAGCAGAUCGGUGAUAUCUAUGAAGAUGUUGCCAGCAAUCGGUGACAUGUGUCCAAACUUGCGCACGCUCGGCAUCGCUGCAGAAUUUGGCGAGCUAGAAAACGAUGGCAAUUCCUUGUUUGAGCACCGGAUCGGGAGGUACUUUGUGAAGAUGCUGGAGAAGCUGAGUCGGCUCCAGCUGCUGGAGCUGGCGUUCACAUCUCAGCGAAUGCUGGACCAGUUGUUUGGACCGAAUAUGCCAGGUGUGCUAAAGGAAUCUCUGGUAUCGCUUCGACUUAGUGAGGAGGUGGCAAGAUACGGUGGCAAAAGCAACCUGCAAGCCAUUGCUACCGGGCUAGCCAAAAUGAAGGCGCUGCGGAGCGUUGUAAUUGAAAUAGAGAACCCAAAGCACAAGUCCAAGUGGGAGCAGGCGCUGUCAGGCCCAGAGUUUUCCAGAGCCGCUGUGCUGAUACUGUGCUAGUAGAACUGCUCUUCAUAUCUUUACUUUAUUAAAGUAGGUAGGCCUG